CACAACUUCUAAACCAGAAGCUCUCUGUGUCUUCCUUCUUCCUUGUGCGGUCAAUCAAAAACCAAAUCAUUAUUCGCAAUCUUCCCAGCGACCAAAACCAAUUCUUUGGGUCCUUCCCCGCCAGCCGUGUAAAAGAGAUGCGCUAUCUCGGGGAAGAAGUCCCUGGCACUGGUUCUCAAUUAUCAAUCUCGGUUCUUCCCCAAAACCCUAAUUCAACUCUCACCCAUGGCGAGGUUUUCAACACCGGCGCUCCAGGGUUGUUCAAUUGGCUGUUCGAGUGCCACGGAUUUUUGCACAACGUCACUCUGAUUCUAGCUUCCUUAGGUUUCGUGCUCUACCUCGCAUUCCAGGCCAGGAAGAGCUUCACCAAGCUCUCGAAUGGGAGAUCACAUAUAAUGGUUGCUUACUACGGUAGUCUCUGGCUCGUCAGCUUGCUCAACCUCUGUUGGUCCCUCUUACAGGCAUUGGAAUGCACUCCUGGAAAAGAACAAACAUGGAAUGUGCUAUCUCUGUUUACAACAUCUGGAAUGCUUUUUUUGGAAGUUAGCUUAAUUGCCUUUUUACUCGAAGGCAAUUACGUGAGUGGGCUGGAUGCAAUGACAAAGACCUUCGCUGUCUCUGCAAUUGUAGUUGGGUUAGACAUACUUCUCAAGGCACUUUACUUGUUUGGGUUCGGGAUUCCCUUGUUUAUCGACAUUGGCGAGGACUCUAAUCGUAUGAAGUGGGGCCUGUGGGCUGUCCAUCGGCUAGUUCUUACUGCAGUUUACGGCUUCAUCCUUUUCAUGUAUCAUUCCAAGUGGAGGGAAAGGUUGCCUGCAAGACCUGCAUUCUACAAAUACAUCGUGAUAAUGUUUGCGUUGAACACUCUGGCACUCUUCGCCUGUGGGAUUAGUGGAAGCGGAUCUGGUUUCGGUUACUGGCUGUAUAGCACCACCAUAGUCUCAUACCAUGCCUUCUACCUCCCUCUGAUAUAUAUAACCUUUCUGGCAGACUUUUUCCAGGAGGAAGAUUUGCAUCUGGAGAAUGUGUACUACUCAGAAAUGAAAGAUGCCGGCUUCUUCGAUGCUGAUUGGGAAUAAAUUUAUGUGUAAUGAAGAGCUUCUGAUCAAAACUCCCGCAACCACACUGUACAUAAUUAACUUCCUUUUAACGAAGUAGGGUAAGAAGAACCGUAAGGUCCACAUAACUUGAAAGCACGUUCCCAUCAGGCUCUUUCUAGCUUCUGUGCAUCCAAAAAAUGCCCCAACUUUGGAUACUUUGUCCGAGGAUGAGCUUGCAGAAAUCUUUGGAUAUGCUAGUUAACAAGCAACCGCAUUUUCUUUUUUCACAUUUAGAUGCCAUGAAAAUUUCACACACUAAAACAGUGUGUUCUAUUACAUGAGA